AUGCUCGGAUCAUCUCAUAGAACACAGAAACAUUACGACAGGUGGGCGAGAGAAAAUGUUUUCAAAGAAGCCGACUUCGUAAUGUGGAAAGAUCACAAAACCCGAAUUGCAAUGAAGCUGAACAAACCGUGGACAGACCCAUGGAAAGUUAUUAUAUAUAUAAUACAGUACGUGGAAUCUAACAAGGUUGGUCUGAAACGAAGAAUCGUCCACCAUAAUCAGUUGAAGAGAUUCCACGGGACCACAUGCAUGAUUACAAUGACGGUAAUACAGUUGAAAGCGGGGACGAUUAUGUCAUUGUUGUUGAUGGAUCACGAGCCCUGGAUGAACAAUGAGAUACAACAAGCACAAGACGAAUUGAAGCUGAACCUGUGGUGUUGGAGCCUGAAGGAAGAUCUCAACGACAACGCAGGCCACCUGACUGGCUCGUUCCGUACGAAACUAACUUUUGAACUGUGA